UCUUGGCCCUGACCUGCUGGGCAGGGCUCCGCGCUCCAGCCAUCGGACCGGAUGGGGCUUCUGGCUGGGACUUGGGCCACCUGGAGUUAAUGUCCAACCUGGGGUCUGCGGAGACCCGAUCCGAGGUGCCGCCGCCGGACGGGACUCUAAGAUGAAGUUAUGGGAUGUCGUGGCUGUCUGCCUGGUGCUGCUCCACACCGCGUCCGCCUUCCCGCUGCCCGCCGGUAAGAGGCCUCUCGAGGCGCCCGCCGAAGACCGCUCCCUCGGCCGCCGCCGCGCGCCCUUCGCGCUGAGCAGUGACUCAAAUAUGCCAGAGGAUUAUCCUGAUCAGUUCGAUGAUGUCAUGGAUUUUAUUCAAGCCACCAUUAAAAGACUGAAAAGGUCACCAGAUAAACAAAUGGCAGAGCUUUCUAGAAGAGAGCGAAAUCGGGAAGCUGCAGCUGCCAACCCGGCAAAUUCCAAAGGAAAAGGUCAGAAAGGCCACAAGAGCAAAAACCGGGGUUGUGUCUUAACUGCAAUACAUUUAAAUGUCACUGACUUGGGUUUGGGCUAUGAAACCAAGGAGGCACUGAUUUUUAGGUACUGCAGUGGCUCCUGCGAUGCAGCUGAGACAACGUAUGACAAAAUAUUAAAAAACUUGUCCAGAAAUAAAAAGCUGGUGAGUAACAAAGUAGGGAAGGCAUGUUGCAGACCCAUCGCCUUUGAUGAUGACCUGUCAUUUUUAGAUGAUAACCUGGUUUACCAUAUUCUAAAAAAGCAUUCCGCUAAAAGGUGUGGAUGUAUCUGACUCCGGCUCCAGAGACUGCUGUGUAUUGCAUUCCUGCUACAGUGCAAAGAAAGGGACCAAGGUUCCCAGGAAAUGUUUGCCCAGAAUGGAAGAUGAGGACCAAGGAGGCAGAGGAGGAGGAGGAAGAGGAAGAGGAAGAAGAAGAGGAAGAGAAGGAGGAAGAGAAAGGCAGCCAUCAUGGGAGCCUGGUAGAGGGAAAUCCAACUACAGAAAACUGGACAGGAGAGAGAGAAAACAGCCCUCUGGAUUCUCCAGGAUGGCAGCUGAUGUCACUAGAAGCUCAGGGCUGAUGUUCCUGGUUGGCUGUUACCACCGUUCCAGCUGAUACAGUCCACCAUCAACCGAUCACCGGUGUGGUCGCGGAUGCACUUGAAGAACCAAACCAGUCUAUCUCCUGUGGUUUGUUUUCAUAUGUCCGAAGACACCAGGGUAACAGGAAUCCUGGUGUCACUCCUUGUCAUCACGUUUUACUGCUGAAAUUAAGAGAAGUUUAUUUUUCUGUCACUCAGUGGAGACACACCCUGGAAAGGAGAGGAAAAAAAAAGCAGAUACAAGAGAUAAUCACUUUUGCCUUUGAAAGUCGAGGCAUGAGGUUUACUACAACCAGCAUUAUUGCCAGUGGUUGAUGAUUGAUUUCCAUCACGGUGUGCAGGGUGGGAAGAAGUUGGCUAGGAAUCAAAAAGGCUGUGCUCAUGAUUAAACCCAAACCUGAAGGUAUUUCCUUUAUGUCCUUGGAAACAGGAAACAAGUUGUGGUUUUCAGCAGCAUUCUUGUAGCAGAGAAGCGGGGAAGGCCCCCAGCUGCCCCCUGGCAGGGAGAGCCUCCUGGCCUGUUGGUUUACAGAGAGACAGACGGUACAUACCCAGCUCCGUUGAUGUGUGGUCACCAGUGACCAGAGAAGCUACUCGAUGCAAUGCAUCUGUUUCAGAUACGGAAACAUAGAGAAGAUAUUUAUUGAGAUUUAAGUUAUUGUUAUUUAUUAUCGUUCACUAAUGAGUUUCUCUUUUUUCCCUUAUUUAUUAAAGUUUCUUUUCAAAGGUGCCAAAGUAUAUGUGCUCACAAAAUGCAAAGAAAGGUGACAAAAAGAAAUUUGAAUUGGGAACAAGGGUCCAUGCUUUUCAAAGUAUUAAAAAGUUUUUUGCUAGUUAAAAAUCACUUACUUUACCUUUUCAGGAAAAUUUCUUAUUAAUUUCCCCACAGAUUUCAGCAUUUUUCCCAAUUUUUAUUUGUGGAGCAUCUUGGGCAGGCCCCCAUUCCUGGAGCAGCAUGCAGAAACCAACAGCACUUGGCUUUAUUUCUUCCUUGCUCCAUCGCUGAACAGAAAUGUCGUGGGCUCCACUUCCUGCUGUAUUUAAGCUCUUGGUCCCCUCCACGUAUAUCUAUCUCUACUAUGCAUAACCAUGUGUAGAAAAGGUUAGUUCCCUUUAGUAGGUAGUCCUGGAUUUAAUGCUGACCUAAAAGUAAUGUCAACAGUGCUGUCAGGUAGCUACCAUUUUACAAACUCCCUCCGUCCCUGCCCACCCACCACCCUCCUGAGAAUAUGCCGGCUGCCCAGUGCAGCCCAGGAGACACAGGGGCCUUCCACAGAUAGGGUCUGCCAGGUCCUAUACAACCCCUGGGCUGUCAUCGAGGGUCAACAGUUGCUGCUCCUAUAUACCCGAGCACCUGACAGCUCACUGGGGAGCAGAUGGCUCAGAAAGGUACUGAGGAAGCCACGUCUGGGCCAGCCAUAGCCACACACAUGGAGCCUCAUACUUAAGAGUGUGCUGCCUUUAAAUGAAGGAGGUCGGGGCCAGUACGGCAGCAACAUAGGGAGACCCUGUCUCUACAAAAAAAUUUAAAAAGCCAGGCAUGCUAGUGCACACCUAUGGUCCCAGCCACUCAGGAUUCUGAAGAAGGAAGAUCACUUGAGUCUAGGAGGUCAAGGAUGCAGUGAGCUGUGAUCAUGCCACUGCACUCCAGCCUGAGUGACAGCCUGGUACCCUGUCUACAAAAAAAAAGAAAGAAAGAAAGAAAAAGAGGUUAGAAAGGGAGGAAGUAUGGGGUGGGAACAGCCACCUCCUCUGUGCCCUAGAUUGUGAAUUUGCAGCCGACACACUAGGCCCUGUAUUAGAGCUUGUUAUACAUUUCAUAAAAGGGAUUUUCAUCAAGGAGAUGAUCUAUCACUACCAUAGUGGCUAUUAGCCACAAAACUAUGACAGAUUUAGCAGUUAAAUGAGCUACCGUCCUCCAUCAAGUAAUCGGAUUGAUUUUACAAAGUAACAAGAAGCAGCAGAUACCAGACAUCCCAUCCCUUCCCCACCAAAAUACCCAAAUUCUUCAUGGUUCUGCCCUUUUCUGUCCUUUCUGCUCCCCUUGCCCUCCUGGGACAUGGAGGAAAGGUCUUCCCUCUCACUAUCCCUUGGGAUCUUGCUGAAAGUCAGACUGCUCGAAACAGUGACAAACCCCAGCCAUCCAGGCACUCAUGGAGUGCAAUUUGGAUGUGGCCCCGGGGACAUCUGCCCCUUUCAGAGAUCCCUGGCAGGUGCAGUGGCCACUGUUCCCAGGCUUCAACCUCAGUGACCCCCACCCUAGCUCCCCAUGGAAAGUCCCUGCCCAAAAAAUCUGUAGGAUCCAAUGGGUGUUGACAGCUCGUUCCCAGCAUCACCUACACACCACAAGCAGGUUUUAUUGGAAGCAAAUUGCUCCACCAAAUCCACAAAAGGGUAAAGUUUGUGAUUUUUCUUUAUCAUUGUGAUCACCAUCUGAUACAGUAAGGAGUGCACUUGUUUGGAAGUUCUGACUUCUCUGAUCUGUCUUGGUCGUUUGUGUUAUACAACCAAAGUUCUCUACAGACUUUAUUUUUGUACAAUAUCAUUUUGUAACUUUUUACAAAUAAAAACCCAUUUCUAUCGC